AGUCCUGAAAUUAUAAAUGAUUUGGUGAGGAGCCAAGCUUGCAAUGCAGGCCAUAAAAACCGUGGAAAAAGAAGUGACUUUCAUAAAGGAAAUACUUUUCACAGAAUCCUUCCUGAAGAACCAAGAGCGCAGCAGAAGCGCGGAGAGCGGGCGGCUCCGGGAGCAGCAGCCAUUGGAAGGAGCUGUCUGCAGCUCUCGGUGCUGUACUGAGCAUGUCCCAGCGGAGCCCAGCGCCAGCAGCACAUUAUGCAAAAAGGCAGCUCUAGCAGAUGGGAGAGAGGCACAGCAAGCAUUUGCUUCACUUGCAUCACCACCGCUUGAAAACAAACCUGGGUCGCUAGCGGGGAUCUCGCCGGCAGGCCAGAGGAAUGAAAUCCGGGAGCAUGGCUUGAUUGCUGAAGGUGUUGCACUGCGAGAAAUCAUGGGGAAUCAAGAUGGGAAGCUAAAGAAAAAUACAGGUGAUGUGCAUGAAGGAGGAGAGGAUGUCUCUGGGCCCAAGGAUACGGAUGGCACAAAGAAGGUAUUGGGAAGCAGGAGGGGACUGGGGAAGCAUGCAAAAGGAAGUGAAUCCAGUAAGAAGAAGGGUAAGUCGGACUCGAGGGCCUCGGUGUUUUCAAAUUUGAGGAUCAGAAAAAAUCUUUCCAAGGCUAAAGAUGGGAAUAGUAGUUCACGGGAGGAUGUUUUGGAAAGCCAGGCCUUGCAGGCUGGAGAGCUGGACAGUACUCAUUCAAUUGUUACCAAAACUCCAGAUAUAAGCAUCUCUGCAGACGAAGGGGGUCUCUCAGACACAGAUGUUGAACAUUUUGAAAUCAGAAAUGAAACUGUCCCAGCUGCCGUGGAGACACAGGAUGGACAAAGGACCAGCUCUGGCUCUGAUACAGAUAUAUACAGUUUCCAUUCAGCCACAGAACAAGAGGAUUUGCUUUCUGAUAUCCAGCAAGCUAUUAGACUGCAGCAGCAGCAGCAGGGGGCAAUUAACAUUGGAACUGAAGACCUUGUCACCAAAACAAUGGGCCGACACAUGGCUAAUUCGCAAGCAGCCCCCUUAGAUUUUGAACGGUUUCUUUCAGUAACAACCACUGACAAAGAGAGGAGCCCAGACGCUGAGGGGGCUUUUCCAGCGGUAUCUGAAACUGCGGAAAACAUUCCUGUCUCCUGUGCAACUGAAUGUGAACAGAAAGAAGCAGUAAAUGGCACAGGCUCUCCUGGUAACGGUUUAUUUGAAACACAAGAACGUAAGCUAUUGAUUGAGGAACAGGAACGGCUCUUUGCUGGAGUGGAUGUUGUAGCUGGUGAAGAUGAUUUAAAUAGAACUGCUGUAGAAAAUGGGUCUCAGACACCCAGCUCCACACGACCUUUUCCAACCUCGGUAGCAGCCGCUGAGACUAGAAUUGCUGAAGUGCAGGCUGUUGAUUUGCAGGGCUCAGUAACAGAGGAUGGUAUUUCAGAUGCAGGCCGUGAUCAUGCUGCCGAGACUCGGGAAGGGAAACACGCACUGUCAGCCAGUCAAGAGGACCUGCAAAAUGGUUUAUCCACGGAAAUGAAAAAUGGCAUUUGGUCCUCCGAGGGGACAGCAGGCAGUCCAGUGCUUGGGUCCCGAUGCUUUAAGCCCUAUCUAAUUAAUCCUUGUUACAUCAAAACCACAACUAGGCAACUGAGUUCUCCCAACCAUUCACCUUCUCCCUCCCCAUCCCAGAGCCCGCUUUUUACAAGGAGGCAGGAGUCCUUCCACAAAACAGAAAAAGUUUCCAUCAAGAAGCAGAGGUCUGCUAGUUUGGCAGGUUUAUUUAGUCGUUCAGCAGACUGGACAGAAGAGGUAUCUAAUCACAGAUGUGAGAUAAUACAGAAGGUGGGCUCUGCAGGCUACUUGGAGCACAAGGGGUUUAGAGAGAAAUUUCAAACUGAAAGAGUGCCUUUGACUCAUUCAAGAAAGUCCUCAGGAGUGCAGGCUUCUACAGAGACAUUUCCCAAUGUCUUUUCAGGACGAACUCUGCUGGAAAAGCUCUUCAGCCAGCAGGAAAAUGCACCGCAAGAAGAAGCAGAAAAACUAUGUUCUCGCAUUAUUGCAAUGGGUCUUUUGCUUCCAUUCACCGACUGCUUCAGAGAACCAUGCAAUCAGAGUGCCCAGCAAAGCACACCCACAUUUGAUCAAGACCAGCUUUAUACUUGGGCUGCAGUUAGCCAACCCACACAUUCAUCAGAUUACAUUGAAGGAAGUUUUCCAAGGAGAAUUCCAUCUGUGUGGCCCCCACCCAAACCUCCAGAUGAAGAACAAAGACUCAAAAUUACUGAAGAAGAGCUGAAAUCUACUGUCCUAGAAACAGAGAAACAAUGCAUAGAGGAUGGUCAGCGGGACAAUUUUGAGGCGAAAUCCGAGGAGCGUGCCAGUGUCAUCCAACAACUUGAGCAAACUAUUGAGGAUCUGAGGACCAAAAUUGCAGAACUAGAGAAACAGUUCCCUGUUGCAGAGGUGCAGACUGCUGGGAGAGAGCAGGAAAAUGAGCACACACAUACAGUCUGUGGGGAACUCAGCAGCGUGACUCUUCAAACAAACGGAGAGGAGACUGUACCCAGGACUGUGUCACAAGCAAGAUCUGUACAAACGUCACCAACGGAGGAUUAUUCAGCACACACAAUGCCUUCAGCCAAUGCACUGCCACAGCCACCCCCACCACCUCACUUAGAACGGGGCAAAAGUGAAGAGCCAAGUCAGAAACUGCCAGCUCUAGAACUACAACCCACGUUUUGUUCUGAAAUCUCCUUAAUUCUUUCACCGAAGCUAAUCUCAGUGCCACUGGAUGCAAGCCAGCCAGUACAGAGUACGACACAGUCACCUCUUCCAGGACCCAGAGUUAAUUUGUCCCUUGCAUUUGAAGGAGGGACUGAAAUGCCAGCUUCCAAUCAGGCUCUAAGUAUUGUGACUUGUAGUGAACAUCCUCCUUCUUUGCCCCCGGAGCCCACAUGUAGCAUUUCCCCAUCACUGCCAGCCACCGAACCAGCUGCUCUGCUGUCUGGAGCACAUGGUCCUUCCCUUGCCAUUCCCAUGUCCUUGGGAGGAGUACCACUCACCCCACCCCUGCCCAGCUCAGGACUCCCUUCUGCUGGCACAGCAGUGCCCUGCAUGGACCACUCUUUGCCGGGCAUCAUGAUGCCACCACCCCCUCCUCCACCUUUGCCAAGCGGGGAGAUGCCAAUGUUGCCUCCAGUCCCUCUUCUUCCAUGUGCUGGAGUACCACCACCACCUUUACCACCACCUUUGCCCGGAGCAGAAGUCCCACCCCUCCUGCCUAGUUGGGGUGUCCCGCCUCCCCCUCCACCACCACCUUUACCUGGGAUUGGUGUCCCUCCUCCACCUCCUCCUCUACCUGGCUUGGGAAUGCCACCCCCACCCCCAGCACCACCUUUGCCAGGA